AAAAUUGUUUGUAAAUGUAAAAAUCGUGGAAAUUCUCGCUUAUUUAUGUAUUCUUUACUUGGAGAAUUUUUUUGGGAAAGCAAUUUGGUUUUAUAAUAUAUAGUCCACCUGUUCUUUUGGUUUUCAUGCAAACAAUGGCUCAUUUACUUUCCGAAACAGAUGUUAAAGUUGCCAAAGUGACUGACAAGAUGUCAGAAACCGUACAUUUGAUGUUAAAUGACCCUUCAAUGGGUCUUUACAGAAUCCAAGAACAUGUCAAGAGAUCUGUUCCUACGCUUGUUGAGAAAAAGGUUGAACUGCAAAGUCUACAAUCAAAUAUUCAGGGAGCAACUUAUGAUCUUGAUUAUUCUUUCAAAACUGUGAAAUCAAUCAACUGGAAUCCACACUUUACUAUAAUCCAGGUGCAAAUCAAGAUAGAAUAUACAUCUAACAACAAAUAUCACGAUUUUACUAGCAAUUGGAGUCAACUACCAUUAGCUGGUAGUUUAAUUAAUGAGGGUUUAUUUACAUUUAAGGAGUGUUUGAAAAGUGCGAUUGCUUCAAAAGCCUGCUUGCAAAGACUAGAGAGUGCUAAAACAAUGGACAAUCAAGAAACAAGCUUGGAGAAAGAAUAUGAGCCAGAUACUCUUCAGGAACAGGAUCCUAUUGAGGGUUUUAUAUGUCCUGCAUGCAUGAAUGUCUGGCAAACUCAAGAGGAAUUGGUUUUACAUUGGGCCAAUUCUCAUGAUUCAAGUGUGACUGAGAAUGAUGAAUAAUGAAUUAGGCCAAUCAAUAAAUGUUGGAGAAGAACCAUAUCAGGAAAUACCUAUCAGGCAUUCAAGUACACAGCAGAGGAGAUGAUGUGCUUGUACAGUAUAGAGUGGAUAUUUAUAAAAAGCAAAACUCCUUCACUUGCCUUCAUUUUGAUUGCAAUGGAAGAAUUGAAAUUUUGCACCAAUUCAUUUACAUAUAUUAACCAACUUCCUGUUUACUGACAUACUUGUUUUCAAUUGGUCAAUAUAAUCACUAAAAUGACACCCUAUUGGUGGAUUCAAACAGACCAACAGAGAGGGAGUUGGUGACCGAUUUUUCAACAAAUUUAAUUCUACAUAAUAAGCAAUAAAUCCGAAGUAAUAAUUUCACCAACUUUCAUUACAAUGGUUGGACAUAUCAUGAUGAAAUUGUCAAAGAUAUUAUGUAGAAAUAUGAUGAAAACAAAUUGGAAAUAUCGAAACAAAUAUAGAUGUAUAUAGAUUGUAUGCAAAUAAAAUUA